AUGCCGGAUUCCAUCGUCCUCCGAGGUCUGAAAAUCGCAGUGACUAAAGAAUUUUCUGGAGUGUGGGUUCAGGGGAGGGACUCCGCGAGCGAGGAUUUCAUGAGCGUUGCCACCGACGAACCGAGCCUCUUCUCGCUCGGCUGCCAUGGACCGCCGUGUGCGCAGUGCAUCGGACUCAACUGCGGGAACCCAGAUCUUUCCGCUCCUGACUGCAGUUCAUACCUUCUUCAUAGUGUGUCUCUUCCUCUCAACGCUCCUUACUCGAUCUCUUGGCGUCCGGAAGGAGAAAGGGUCCUGACUGUGGCUUUGAAGAGCAAAACAAGUAUCAUUUUAGUGCCCAAGAAUGAUAGGAAUCGGACACAUAGGAUUCAUUUCAAGACGGAGGGGAAAUAUGUACGAGUGGACAUCCCAAGCCUCGAUAAAAAAAUCACUUUGGAAGAUAAUGCAACGAUGAACGCAAUGGUUACGCUAAGGACCCAGAAACACCCAAGCAGGUGGAUUCUCCCCUGCAGUGAUGCAACAACAGGUCAGUCAUAA